AUGUCGCGCAGGGCCAUGGAGCAGCCCCGGCGCAUCACCGACUCCUUCCCGCGGCGGCGGGGCCCGGGGCGGCCCCCGGGCAGGCUUAAGGACAAGAACAAGAAGGACAAGGACAAGGACAAAGUGAAGGUGAAGGUGCGGGACAGUCCCCGCGCCCCCUCGCAGCCCCCCCUGGACCCGGCGCUCCUGGAGAUGUUGCGGCGCUUCGACCUCUCCUGGGAAUACGGACCCUGCACCGGGAUCACCCGCUUGCAGCGCUGGGAGCGGGCACAAGAGCUGGGGCUAAGCCCUCCCGGCACCAUCCGUGACGCCCUCCUGGAGCACCGGGACAACCCCGAUGUCACCUACAGCCUCUGGCACGAGUACGAGCUCUGAGCCGCCGCGCCGAGGGAGUGGGGGAGACCAUUCCCGACACACCCAGACCCAGUUCCAGGGACACCGGGAGGAUUAAACCUGGUGUGAGCGAAGGAAGGGGUGCCGUGUGCUGUCUGGGGGGGGUACGGGGUGGGGUGAAGCUCUUGGGGUACAAGGGGAGGGCAGGGAGUUACAUUCCCUCCAAAAAAAAGCCAGGUGGCGUGUCCAGCCACAUGGUUUAAUGCCACCCAACUGGGACCCAGGGAGAAAAAUCUGUUCUUGGAUGGAGAAGGGGAGACGGGAUUUUUUUCUCCCUGGAAUGGGAGAAAAAAAUCGCCCUCCCACAGGGGCGAAAAAAUGAAGAAUGAGGUAAUAAAUCAGGUGAAAGUAAGCAUGGGGUGAUGAGGCAAGUGGCUGUGGAUUGUGGGGAUGUCCUGCAGUGGGGUGGGAAGAGUGACAGUGUCUGUGGGAUUUAUAUGUUUAGCAACCCUAAUCAGCAGCUUUGCUGUGUGCAGAAUCAUAAAUAACAGGAAGUGUCUGUUAAUUAUUCAGGUUAUUGAUGACUCAAUUCACCAGCUUUUUCUGUUGCUUCAUCAAUAAAAUAAAUUGUUUCUAUCCCAAGGCUGCAA